AUGCCACUACGAACCACCUGGGUACAUCAUAAAUGGGCAAUCUUUUAUUGUGCUGUAUCAGCCAUCGGAGCCCUCUGCUAUGGAUAUGACAAUACGUACUACAACGGUGUAUUGGCCAUGCAGGAGUUCAAGAAUGAUUACGGAGACGUCCGUGAUGCCACCGGCAAGCUCGCUCUGUCUUCAUCUUUCCAGUCUCUCACAGCUUCCGCUAUUUACAUUGGCGACUUGCUUGGCGCAAUGAUUGCUGCUCCCCUCAAUGAUCGCUACGGCCGAAAGUCCACGUUCUGGCUGGCUUCAUUCUGCAUAUUCAUCGGCGGCAUUUGUCAAGUCGCAGACACAAUCAGCUCAGAAGCCCUACUUGUGGUCGGACGCAUCUUGAUUGGCCUUGGAGUGGGCCAGUUUACCGUCACUUCAUUGCUGUACAUCGGUGAAGUUGCACCCUUGGGCAUCCGAGGACCGGCACUCAUGUGCUUCCAAUUUCUCCAAUCCUGGUCUCAAUUAUGCGCAUCCGCGAUCAACCAGGGCACCAAGAGCAUCGCAAGCUCUCUGGGAUACCGUAUUCCUAUGGGAGGCCUUGUCAUUCUUCCUCUCAUCAUGGCCGCCCUUCUUCCCUUCAUUCCAGAGAGCCCGCUGUGGUACGUUCUCAAGGGCCGUCGUACAGAGGCCGAGCAAAGUUUUCGCAAGAUCAAUCAGAGCAACCCGAACUACGACCCGUCAGAGGAUAUGGCUACAGCUGAAAAUGCCAAAAAUGUCGAAGAGGAACAUGCCGAAUUCUCUUCAUGGGGAGCCCUGAUAACGGAUCCCAUCGAAAGACGCAAGUUGAUCUACUCGGCUGGAGCCAUGUUCAGUCAGCAGAUCUGCGGCAUUCUGUUCUUCUACGUUUAUGGUGUUGUAUUCGUACAGGCAAUUGGGUUGGGCGACCCUUUUCUCGUUCAACUGGUCACCAACAUUGUUCAAAUCUUCGCCGUAGGCGCCUCUAUAAUCACUGUCAACAAAGUGCGCCGCCGUACCAACCUCAUGAUCACCAACUUGAUGAUGCUGGUGGCCUUCAUCAUUAUCGGCGGCGUGGCGGUCAAGCCGCUUACAUCUUCGACACAAUACGUCAUUGUAGUGUUUUCCUUUGUCGUCGUAGUUGGCUUCAACUUCGGUCUUGGCCCCCUUGCGUACACCGUCGCUCGGGAAAUGGCAGUCGGUCCCAACCAGAACAAGAUCAUGUCCGCGAGUAUCGUCAUUUUUUACCUGACAACCUGGGUGGUCUCGUUCACCGCGCCCUAUUUAUACUACGAUGCUGGACUAGGUCCAAUGCCGGUAAACUUGCCCUUUGGCAAGCUUUUGGCGGAAUGCUCGGUCAUGAUGAAUGCCGGCACGGAGACAACCACGGCUGCUCUCACAAACGCUGUACACCUCAUCUACACCCACCCUAGCCUGCCGUUCCUCAAAGCCUGCGUUGAGGAAUCCCUCCGCGUUCGACCGGCAAGCUCAAUGGGCUUGCCUAGGGCCUUGCCGGAGGGCGGUCGGGUGAUCGCAGGGCAGUUCGUGAGCGAGGGCGUCACUGUAUCAGUCCCAACCUACACUCUACUGCGGGACGUCGAGGCUUUCAAGGAUGCUGAGACAUUCCGACCUCAGCGCUGGAUUGAUGGAAAUAAGGAGAAGAUGCUUAAGGUCCACCUUCCAUUCAAUACAGGACCUCGAGCAUGCAUUGGCAGAAACAUUGCCUACUUUGAGCAGCUCAUGCUCAUCUCAUCUCUGGUACGAAACUUCGAUUUUCCUCUAGCUUCACCGGGCCAUGAGUUCAGGGCCUUGGAGCGGUUCGACUCUAACCCAGACGAGCUCUUCCUUCUCUGCAGACUUCGUGAUAUUUAA